AUGCCCGGGUUGCUCCAAAGUUUACAAGAGGCGCUAGGGAAUGAAGCCAGGCCAACAGCCAUUCAAGCAUCGUCAAUGAAGCAUCUUUUCAAGGAACCCGUAGAGGGAGACAAGUACAAGGAGUUCCUUCUUGCCAGCGAGACAGGAUCAGGAAAGUCGAUAGCAUACCUCCUUCCUGUGCUUCAGGAUCUCAAACGCACGGAAUCCAACACCGUUACGUCACAUUCAUCUCGCAAGCCUCUCAACCCACGUGCGCUCGUACUUGCGCCUACGCAUGAACUCACUCGCCAACUUGCAAGUUUCGCGAAAAACUUGUCGCAUGUCAUUAAGUUGCGCGUCAUGUGCGCCAGCAAGGCCAAUACACCUAGUACAGCCAAGUCGAGUGGGACUGCUUCGAAGAUGAAAGGAAAAUUCGAGGAAGUUGGUGCUCCGAGCGACGCUGAGUUCGUCAUCUCGAAAUCUUCCCGCGGCUCGAGACCGGUAGAUCUACUGGUGGGCACGCCAAUGAAACUUCUUGAGAUGGAACGUGGAAGAGGCUGGAACUGGGAGGAACGGGCGCGAGAGCGAGCAAUGAGGAUAGGGAAGGCCGAAGAGCACGAGGACAUAAAGGAAGAAGGUGGGGGUAACAAAGAACCACCGCGAGAAUUCUGGGUUGAUGAACCCGAGAUGGGCCUGGAGAACGUGCAGUGGGUAGUUGUAGACGAGGCGGACGUCCUGUUUGAUCCGGACUUCCAAGAAUCCACUCGUAUGCUUCUUGCGGAUAUCGCAGCAGCACGUGGGCAGCCUGUCCCGGUGGUCCCUUCCUCGGCCAUAUCACCAACUCUGGAUUCAGAUGCAACGCCCACAUCUGCACAGGAAAUCUCGUACCCCUUCAACUUCAUUCUCACCAGCGCGACAAUUCCUACAUCUCUUUCUACGUAUCUUUCAAACUACCACCCAUCCCUCACUCGCCUUGCAUCUCCGCGGCUGCAUCACCUCCCCCAGACCCUUCGCACAGAACACACCUCAUGGACUGGCGGAAACAAGGCCGCAGACAUCGAGCGCCGCAUCCGUCGCGUAUGGGCCGAAGACGCUCUCGUGCAUGCAAAGAGCGCAACAGGCCCUGGGCCCGUCAAGCUCUCCAAAGUACUCGUCUUCUGCAACAAGCGCAGCAAAGUUGAGCAACUCGCCGCCUUCCUCGACGGGCGUGGCAUCAAAUGCGUCGCGCUCACCGGUGGUGCAGAAGCGCGCAAGAGAGGCUCAAACCAUCACCUCGACGGAUUCCUCAAGAAGGAUGGGCCUGCACCGUCUGGUCCGGGGUUGUCUGAUCCGGCACAGACGCCGCAUGUGCUUGUCACUACGUCGCUUCUUUCCCGCGGGCUCGACUUUUCGCCAAUGAUCAAGCAUGUGUUUAUCGUCGAUGAACCUAGGAAUAUGAUUGAUUUCUUGCACCGUGCUGGGCGGGCUGGACGGGCGGGCGAGGCGGGCAAGGUGGUGGUGUUUGGGAGGUCGAAGGGGAGGGGUAGUGGGCGGGCAGAGGAGGUUAAGCAGAGGGUCAGGGCUUUGGUUGGGUAG